ACAUUUGUGCCCUUAGCUGCGCGUGCCAUCCCUUGCGAUCUGGCGAAGGCGGCUGAUGAAGGGAAUCGUGCGGCUGCACUGAGGGCUCAGACACAGGUGGCAUGUCCGUCCUGUACUUGACCUGUGACCUCGAUAAUGUUGUCUUCACCUUCACCGCAGAGGAGAAAUCCACCUGGCAGUUUUCGAGGCUGUCCAACUUCCACCGAGACAAUGGGAAGGACUGCUUCGUCUUGCGACAGGCAAGUGAAGGCAGCACUACUAGAUGGGUUCUGGAAAAUCAGACUGGUCAGCCGAGUGUCUUUGGCACCCCUAAGUACUCUGGCCACGGACCACCUUUCCGCGGCUCACCUUCCCCUCCCCGAGGGAUGUGGACGGUCUGGGGCUGCCCCUUUAUUUUGUCGGAUACGAUGCCCCAAAGAGAUGCGAUUCCCUCGCCCUUCACAUUCGAGGUGCCCUUUGCCAAGAUGCACUUUCAUGAAGAGGGGCGUUUGGGGUACCUCGACAUCGAAGUUUUCAAUGUGGGCAUUGAGGAUGAGCACUUGGAUGAAAUACUGCUCACACUCAGGAAGGUGUUGGUCAAUCUGGCGCAGCGCCCAGAAAUGGUGCUCCUACUUCGCACCGAUGCGCGGGCAGCGCCAAUGCCUUCCAUGCGGCAUGUGCGAAAGUUCCUGGCAUUUAUCCAGAAGGAAGUGGGCACUGAGUGUGUGCUGGUGGGCCGAGGGAGCGCCAUCGUUCUGGUUCCAAGUACUUUCUUGGGUACUGCGGUGCUGCGUUUAGUGCAGCUGGUGCAGCGGAUGUUACCAGCGCCUUAUCCACAAGCCAUUGUGGCAAGCGUGGAGGAGGCGGAUGCCUUUUUGGCCAACAUUGCCAAGGAGUAUCCUGCUAUGGCGCACCCUGAGGAGUAUCCUGAGUCGCCGGUAGAUUUGCGGAACGAGGUUGAGCGACGAGAGGUUCCGGAAAAUCAAGCUCAAGCCUCAGGGCCCAGCAGCAGCACCAGCAUCGCCUCACCUGCACGGAAACGCCCGCGGGCAGAGGAGGAGGCACCUGGCGCUGGAAAGGUUCAAGUCAUGGCAGGGCUCACCCGGAACGUUCUUGUGGAACCAGAGGAAGAACCUGAUGAUGUCAUCCUGGUGCAGGAAUCGCCCUCCACUGAGACGGAGCCUUGUCUGAUGGGCAGGGCUGAUCUCCUGGAAGGGGUUCCCUGCGAGUUGUGCGGUGCCAAAGUGGCGUUUUCCGAGUUUGUGGUGCACAUGUCUAUUUGCCAAGAGCGACCCCAGGACGCGGCUGAAGUGCCAGCCGCUGACAACUCAGAAGACAUCACCUGCGAUGUGAUUGUUCCCUUCAGCAGCUUCGUGGAGCAUUCCAAGAAGCAUAGUGUGGAGGAUCAAGAGGGCUUGGAGCCAAGGCUUCUUGGCUGCACCAUCGGGGAGUUAGCAGACCACCUGGCUGCGCACAAAGUCCAUGAUCAGUGGCUGGAUAGGGAGAUGAAGAGUUCCACUUCGGCAGUGGACAUCACCGCGCAACUGGUCGAAAUGGCCCGUGCUGGUGGUGCUGGCUUGCCGGGCAAUCGAAGCCACGUGGCAGUAGGAGAUGCGGUUCUGGUCCGCUGGUCCGAUGGCCGCUGGUACGGUGGCCACGUCCGUGCCAUGCCGGACGUAGGGGACGGCGGGGGCGGAGAGGAGAAGAUCAGCGUGGCCUGGGACCCACCAUUUGCGCAAUGGGCGCCAGAGCGUGUGGCAGAGCAUGCUGUGAUCCCGCGGAUGAAUCAACCCAGGGAGGUGUGCAACUUUGAUGUGGCCCUGCAGUUUGUGAAGAAGCUGUGCUCCAUGAAGGAUCGCAGCAGCAAAGCGACGAAGCUGGAAGUUGUAUACCAUUGGACUGGGGAGGAAAAUGUUCAGAAAAUUGUUGAGAACAACUUGAAGACCCCUGGAUCGACCAAUGCGGAUGGCAGCGCCGUUCAGCGCUUGAACGGCGACGCCUAUGGCAAAGGCAUCUAUGCUGCUACAGAUCUCAACUACGGGAAAGGCUUUGGCCGCGGUCUCAGCUGUGCGUUUCUGUGCCUGGCGAUUCCUGGACAUAUGAGUCAAAGUCAGACUAUGAAGCUGUCAAGUCGCGAUGAUAGCUUUAAGCAUGGUCCCCUACGAGUGUACCGGACCUCGGAACAAGUACUUCCACUAUUCUUCACGGACUCCAACUCAUCUGCAAAGCUGGCUGAGUGCGCCUGGGACAUCGCCGACCUUUUGAAGGAACGAGCGCUGGGGCAAGUGAAAGAUGAAGCGGAGUUCAGGAAGGGUGCCCGGGUAGAAGCUCUCUGGCAAGGAGCAUUCUGGAAGGCAGAGGUAUGGCACGUGCACCGUGAUGGCACGUACGACCUGAAGUGGCAGCAUCCGUACCAUUUCUGGCCCGCAGAGCUUCGAGUGUCUCCCGAUCGGCUGCGGAGAUAUGAUGAGUCCUAGCGCCGAAUCCUAGUUGCAAUGCCCAAAUCUCGGCCGAUGCUUACAGGGGCCAUGAUCCAAGGUGGUUAGUUGUUGGGCCUUAACUAUGCCCAUAUGGCCCAUAUGGGUUGGUUCAUUGGGGCUGUCAAUGCGAAGAAG